GUAAUUGUGAUAUAGUUAUUCUCAGAUUUUGGAACCUUGUAUCAUAGCUGUCCGCAUUGCUAUCUAUCAUUAUUUGCCUUCGACUGCCCACGAUGAGCCUUCGAUGCACGAUGACUUGACGUUCACCCAUUCACACCUACCUAUCAUGUGUUCUAAAAUCCGACAACUUUCUCUUCUCAAUCUCUUCGUGACCUUUACAUCCAUAUGGCCAAUUCUAUAUGAUAAUAAGAUUCCAUCUUCUCAAGACUGUAUAUAAGUUCUGCCUGGAGCUCGGUCAUCUCCUCUAAACACUUUGCGUGUGAUGCCCAAGUCAGCAAGGUUAUCCUCGUUCUCGCUAGGUUCGCUUUCAGGACUCUGGUUGGGUUUGGGUUGGGUUUUUCAUGAUGGAGUCUCUGCUCAGACUUGGUGCGGUAAGAAUUAUAUGAUUACAGAACCAGUGACGAAUCCAGGCGGCCAAUUCCCCACUUCUCUUGAAUUCACCCAACCUCAUAUCGCACUACGUUGUGGACCAGCUGUGAGACCGUAUUUGCCUGAUGACCUCGGUUCUCAUCCAACCGAUUCCUCUUUCACCUCGAUCCUUGUGGAUACCCCCGUCACUUUCACCAACAUCUCCGGCGCGAUUCCGCUAAGCACAUCUACCGCUAAUAUCAAUCUCUCUGACUCGAGUCUGGAAGUUAAAGUACUCGUUAACGGCAAAAUCCUCACUUCAAGCUCAGUCCCGCUCAAUGCCUCCAAACACGCACUACCCUUCUCCCUUUCCACUCUGACACCCCAGACGGAUGCGUUCAGUUUGACUUGUAUCGGCACACUGUCCACAGGAGAACAGCUCCUUGCCUCGUCUCUACUCACGUAUCUUCCAGGGAAACCACCGGGAAUUGGCGGAGUGACCAAGAUGGACAUGAGGUCUGGUGCGCUGUUGGCGAAACCACCCACGGGUGAAGAUGGUCCUUACCAAUAUGUUUUCCCGAUUGGUUUUUAUACCCAGUACGGAUCAUAUCUUGCUUCGAAUCUGUCUAUUCCGGGGAUCUUGAAGGAACAAGGGUUUACUGUCCAUCCCGUUCCAGACUUUGACAACAUCACUGUCCUUGAUCAGGUGUUGGACAAGAUGCAAGAAGUUGGUUUAUGGUUGAUGUACGACAUGAGAAACACCUACCAAAACUCCACCUCCAUCACCGAACAAGUCAACCACAUCAAAUCCCGUCCCAACCUCCUCCUCUGGUACACCGCUGACGAACCCGACGGUACCUCCGACCCUCUCAAUGCAACUACUCUCACUAAAAACCUUAUCAACUCUCUCGAUGGUGGUGACGGCCAGGGCGGUGCAGGGUAUCACCCAGUUUCACUCGUGUUGAACUGCGAGAAUUAUUUUUGGUCCGAGUAUUCUGGUGGUGCGGAUGUCUUGCUACAGGAUACCUAUAUGAUCGGGAAUAAUGUAACGUUCUCGAAUCAGUGGGGGACUCCGUGUACUGUCGAUUAUGGAGAUUGCGGGUGCGAUAACUGUAAAGGCAACUUCCAAGACAUCUCCACACGCAUGGAUGAGUUUUACGAGAGAGCUUUCAUCGAGGGGUGGGAAUUGGAUAAAGUCGUUUGGACGGUUCCUCAGGGGUUUGGUAAUGAUACAUAUUGGACAAGAUACCCUACCGGUGAAGAAUGGGUCGUUCAAAGUAUUAUUGGGAUUAAUCACGGCGGAUUAGGUGUUGUCUCAUGGGACGAUCCAACUCCAGAUGACAUCAAAGCCUCCGCCUCCUCACUCGCCAAAGCUCUCACAUCCAGCUCCUCUCCCUUAUCAGAAUUCAUCCUCAGCCCAUCCUCAUCCUUCAGACACCUCACUACUCAAUCUGGUAACAUUGACAUCGGUCUGUGGACUUUGGAUGGUACGACCAUGGCCCUAGUUGCUAAUACCAUUUAUGCAAAUGCGUCGUUGGAGGCUGUCGAGCUUGGUCUUGGGCCCAUUUUGAUGAAAGAGGUAUUUUGCAGUGGAGUAUGUGAUACAAACGAUGAGGGAGUUGUCUUGGGGAGUGUUGCUUCGGGUGCUUUUCUGAUAAGUAGUUAGAGGCGUUCUAAAUUGGUAGUCCGGUGAUGAGGUAGAGUGUCAACCGCUAAGGACCAGUUGCGGGGUCUCUGUCAUCAAUUGUUUCGAAUUUGACUCGUAUUCAGUUCAGAAGGUGGGGGAGAGGCAAGAGACUGGAAGAGGAGGUGUGAAGUGUUGGAAGAAAUGAUUGGCAAAUAUGAGCAAUGAGUGAAGCACAAUUUGAUCACAUAAUAAAUAUGCACUAAUGAAAU